AUCAAUCUCAGUCCAUCAAAUUUGUAUUCCGCCAAGAUAGGCCUAAGGACCAUUGGAGUUUGACAUAGACAACUACACUGGGGGCUUGCCAAAAUUGAAGUACUACCCAUAUGCAUGGACAAAGACAGCCAGCAUUAUAUUUUUGGAUGCACCAGUUGGGACAGGUUUCUCUUAUGCCAGAACUCAAGAAGGAUGGUCCACUUCAGACUCAAAAUCAGCAGAGCAAUCUUACCAAUUUCUGAGGAAGUGGUUGCUAGAAAACCCACAGUAUUUGCUAGUUCAGCUGUUUAUUGGUGGUGAUUCUUACUCAGGCAUUACUGUUCCAUUGGUCACUCAAAAAGUGGUUGAAGGUAAUGAAGCAAAAGUCUAUCCAUACCUGAAUCUCAAGGGAUAUCUGCUUGGCAGCCCCCAUACAGAUUCAGUUAUAGAUGAAAAUUCGAAAAUAAUAUUUGCUUACAGAAUGGCCCUAAUUUCAAAGAAACAAUAUCAUAAUCUUAAAAAGAGCUGCAAUGAGAUGUAUGUGAAUGUAGAUCCAUCCAACACAGCAUGUGUAGCUGCCCUUCAAACUUAUGAAAUGUGUGUUAAAGAUCUGUAUAAAGGUGAUAUCUUGGAGCCUAAAUGUCUUUUUGUAUCCCCGGAAGCAAAUCGAAGAUCCAUGAAAGAAAAAUCUACAAAUUUCAUCCUUUCACCACCAAGAAUUCCCGAAUUGUGGUGUCGAACUUUUAAUUAUGCGAUGUCUUAUGUGUGGGCAAAUAAUAUGGAAGUGCAAGAUGCCUUACACGUUAGAAAGGGGCUAGUGCCAUACUGGUCAAGGUGCAAUAGAACUUUAUCAUACACAAAAAAUGUUCCAAGCGUUGUUCAAGUUAAUCGAUACCUUAGUACCAAAAGAUUGGUACUUCUAGUAGAAAGCGGAGACCGUGACAUGGUGGUUCCUUUUGUUGGAACUUAGAAAUGGAUAAAGUCUCUUAAUUUGACUGUUGAUGAUAACUGGCGACCAUGGCUUGUUGAUGGCCAAAUUGCAGGAUACACAAUAAAAUAUUGUUCUUCAGACAAUGAAUUUUAUUUGACAUACGCAACUGUUAAGGGUGGGGGUCAUUGUGCGCCGGCGUAUUAUCGAAGAGAGUGUUAUGAGAUGUUUCGAAGGUGGAUUCAUUAUUAUCCUCUCUAAGUUGAAAUUGUUGCUCCUCUUGUAAUUAUUUUCCAGUAUUUGAAUUCUGAGUACUCAAAAUUGUCAUGUAAUAAAAAAUCUCUACAAAUUAAUAAUGCAUGCAAUUUAUAUUACAUUUUAAGAUUUUCCAAUGGUGAAUUAUCAUUUGUGAAAUAAAGAAACGAAGUGUUACU